AUGGUGGGCUCCAGAAGGCACAAAGGGGCCCUGGACUCAGAGCCAGCAUCGACUGGGCCCCUUCGGCCUGGCCAGCCAGCGGACCUCAGCCUGUGGUCGGACAAAGCCAUCCAGAACAUCCCCCUCUUGGGAGUCACUGCCCUCCACAGCCUGGCAUUUGCGGUGGAUGGUACUGCUGACAGCCACCACCUUUUCUACUUUCAAGCCCCCGACUGCUUCAUGCGCCUGCCAUGCGGGGCUGAGGCGGCCGCCCUGGCCUGCUGGAGAACACUGCUUCACCCCGAGGGGGACCACUGGACGCUCAUCAACGUGUACAGGGCCUAUCAAGACGUGGCUCUGACAGCCGCCACAGAGCAGGCUGUGGAGCUCUGGUGCCAGGAGCACUUCCUGCAGUGGUCGGCACUCAGGGCAGCCGACGCAAUCCGCGCUGAGCUCACCGAGAUCGUCCGGCGCAUUGAGCUGCCCUACGCCGAGCCUGCCUUCGGCUCCCCCGAGAACACACGGAACCUCAGGAAAGCACUUCUCUCUGGCUACUUCAUGCAGGUGAGCAAACCUGCCCGUCCCUGGAGGGGGGCCGUGUGCUGGGUAAAGCAGAAGGGGCGAACAGGAAGCCCCAGGACAUGGACGGACACUGACAGCAGCCACAGGUCACACGCGACCACUGUGAGGACACACAGGAGGAGCUAAGUUUUGUUCUCUUGCG